AUGCGCCUUCCACAUGACUCGUCUUCUUCUAAAGCAACUCGUACGUCUAUGGAGAGCCAACAGUUGGGGGCCCGCAAGGCACCUCAACAAGCCCACCCCCUCUCCAGCAACGGGAAGCUGCAGAGACACGAGAAGACUCUCCCAGCAGCACCAGCAGCAGCAGCGCCGAUCUGGCUUCAAGGUGGGGCAGACUACAGAAAGGGAGGAGACCUGACUACUGCCCUCUCUUCCUUACGCUCUUCCCCGUCUACAGAUAGGAGCACUAGCAGCAGCAGCUGCAGCAGCAGCACAAACCACAUCAGCCGGUUUGAGCUGCAGCAGUGGGACUACCCACAUAGCUCUUCAUUUCUGGAGGGCAGUGGGGCGCAAGAGAAACUGCUGCAGAGGGGUCGGCCUGAAGCGCAUGAAAGCCAACCGAGCGCGGGAGAUCUUCCCAAGAGCCAGCUGUCUCAGAACAGCAGCAGCAACAGCAAGAGCAACAGCAAGAGCAGCAGCAGCUGUUGCAGCAGUAUCAGUAGCAGCAGCGGUGGGGGCCGCGGUGGGUGCAUUUACGUUAGUGGCUUUGCAGAAGGUAGGGACCGGUCUGACUUGCGUCUUCAACCGCACGCCGCUUCUCCUUUGUCAUUGAUCUACCUGCGCCUCGGCGAUGCUCCUCAGCUGGCUGAAGAAGUCGAAAAGAAGCUGAGGGCAUUUAUAGGCUUCGUGGAGAGCGGGGCUAGCCUGCAGCGGCAGCAGCCUCAGGCCGAGUACACGAUGGCCGUUGUACUGUACAUACAGCGACCGAAAGCCUUUGGCUUUCUUUCCUCUUCUGUAGAAAGGGUUUCCUUCGAACGGUGGUUGCUGCCUGUCUCCAUAUGUUGGUGUACGCACGAAUGCAGCAGCUGCUGCGGCAGCACCAGACUUCGUCGUCAAAGCAGCAGCUGCUGCUGCAGCACGACCCAGUGCUGUCACGGCAGGCACGUGAGAGGCAAGCCAUCAUGCCUCUCAGCAGCCGCAGUUGCAAAAGGAGGAGCGGCUGUAAAAGCUCCUCACCUGCAACCGCAACAGCAGCAGCAGCAGCAACAGCGGCAACAGCAGCGUUUCACAGACUACCUGCCGCGGGGGGUGAAGCAGCAGCAGGAGGUGGAAAAAGGCGUAAGACGAGUUUUGUUUGCGGUUGUUGAAAUAGCAACAGCACGGCAAUUUCAUCUCCCGCCGCCAAGCGUCAGCCACGACCUCUACGGAUAUGAUAUUGUCCUCAGCAGCAACCAGGCCCCCUUGUUGGGGGACUGGGCCCUUCAGCUGCCUCAUGCACGGCGCAGUGCAGCUGCUAUCCUCCGUGCUGUUUCUGAAGGGGCCUGCGGCGACCCCAGCAGCAGCAGCGAUGGUGCAGCUGCUGCACAGCAUCUGUUUCGGCUGGUGUUGUAG